GGGGGGUAUCGUUUGUUUUCGUGAUGGCAUCGAUAGUGAGCAAAAGACUCGUGCAGCAGCGAGUUCGCGCAAACCAGCUCGGAUGUGAUCUUCGUCGGACCUUUACAAGCUGCCCUUCUUGGUCCGCGGGACACAACCGGUGGUCGCAGAUCAAACAUGGCAAGGCAAAGAAUGACAAAGCAAAGAGUAAGGAGAGGCAGAUGGUCGCAAAGGAAAUCAGCUCUGCUGUUCAGAUGUGGGGACCCGAUACCAAGUUCAACCCACGCCUUACCCUCGCCCUCUCAAACGCGAAGCGAGCUGGAAUCCCGAAAAUAGUAAUUGAAGCGGCAAUUGCCAGAGGUCAGGGCCUAAGUGUUACCGGAGAAGCUCUCGAGCAAGUCACCAUUGAAGCUAUCCUACCGCAUUCCGUGGCAGCUGUGAUUGAAUGUCAAACAGAACAAAAAGCCCGUGUCUUGCAGGAUGUCCGCCACGCCAUCAAGGAGGCCGGUGGGACCGUCACACCAACCGCGUAUCUCUUUGAGAAGAAAGGAAGGAUCCUGUUUGAAAGAAAGGAAGGUGUCAAUGCGGAUGAUUGCUUAGACCAGGCAAUUGAAGCUGGUGCCACUGAUAUCACCGCGGAUGAGAACGGCCGCAUUCUGGUGUUCACUGAACCAACUGAGACAAAGAGUGUGGGCGAAGCACUCUCCAAGCAAUCCGGGCUCGUAAUUGAAGAACUAGAGAUUGUCUGGGUCCCAAACAAAGACACAUUGGUGGAAGUCAAAGAUGAGACAGAGAUACAUGAACUAGAGGAGAUAAUGAGUACUCUGCGGGAGGAAACCAGUGUCCGGGAUAUAUACCUGAACACGACCGAUGCGCUCUAAUGACUUCAAUUGUAUAUUUCACCACUCAAGUGUAUACUAGUUGCAUCCUAAAAAAUGUAUUUAUAGAGACAUUAGAUAUGUCACAAGAAU